AUGGCUGAAGUGAGGAUUGCCAGCAGGACGGCUGUAGCCGAUCGCUCUGGCGGUGGAUUCUUCGUCAGGAGGGUGGCGUCUCCCGGAGCCGUGGUGGACAAGGGCGCCGUCAAGCCACUUACUCGUCGAGUCCCGUCACCGUCCAGCAACAAGGAGAACGUGCCACCAGCGUGCUCUGCGUGGACUGCACCCAAGAGGAGGAGCUCCCUGCCUGAGUGGUGCCCAAGGACCCCACUCCGUGAUAUCACAUCAGUCAUCAAGGCUGUUGAGAGGAAAAGUCGGCUGCGAGAUGCUGCGGCUCGGCAGCAGCUCCAGUGGGAUGAAGAAGACUCCUCGGAGCCUGAGGAUCCAGCACAAACAGAUGAGGGUAUUCAUGGAAGCACAGCACCAACAAAUGAAACCCUGGGUGUUGGCUCGGCUAAAGUUGUUGAAACCACCGCAGCAUCAGCAACCUGCUUGGGCGAGGGCGAGAGCACCACGAUGGUGAAGGCAUCUGAUGACUGCUCCUUGCAGUCUCCAUCCAGACCAAGUGGAGAAAACGACGUGGAGAAGCAACUAGCCAACUCCAUACAAGAGAUUGAGAAGAUGGUGAGCCGGAACCUGAAGCGAGCUGAUCCCAAGGCUGCUCGGCCUUCCAAGACCCCGGCUGUCCAGAGGCGCACCCUGAUGUCUAUGCGCUGA